UUUUUCCCAACGCCUUUGACGAGAAGCAAAAUCAACACGUCUGGUGGUUCUGGGUUCUAAAGUCUCAACCUUUGAAUUGUCGCUUCCUACCAAAUCUUCGAAAAGCCUCUAACUUUAUUGUAUUAUCCAUCCUCUCCUCUGCUUCCAUGGCUGCUUCAGCUGCUUUCUCUGUAUCCUCACCACCUCUCGUACCCUCUUCCUGCAAAAUUCGAAGACCGUUUCUCUUGCUUGGUUCAAAAAGCUUCAAACCCGUUUCGGUUAGAGCUUCUGUCGGAAACCCCUCGAUCUCCAUCGAUGACAAAGUUUCAGUCCAAACUAAGACAAGCAAGUGGCAGUGGAAGUUCAAGGGAAACUCGAUUGGUAUACACUACGAGGAGCAUGAGGGAGAGAAGAGUGAAUCAGCUAAGAAUAUCCUGAUGAUACCAACGAUAUCAGAUGUUAGCACCGUGGAGGAGUGGAGAUCUGUGGCUAGAAACAUUGUGCAGCGUGAUGGGGAAGUUAAUUGGCGUGCAACUAUUGUAGAUUGGCCUGGUCUUGGUUACUCUGAUAAACUUAAGAUGGAUUACGACACAGAUGUCAUGGAGAGGUUUGUGGUUGACUUCAUGAACUCACCUGAGAGCCCAAUGAGCCAUGCAGGUAAUGAUGAUAUAGUAAUCAUUGGAGGAGGACAUGCAGCAACACUAGCAGUACGUGCUACCCAACGUGGGCUACUAAAACCAUCAGCUAUUGCUGCUGUUGCACCUACUUGGGCUGGACCUCUCCCUAUUGUGUUUGGCCGUGACUCUUCCAUGGUGACAAGGUAUGGUCUCCUAAGAGGAACACUAAGAGCACCUGGUGUUGGUUGGAUGAUGUACAACAUGCUAGUGAGCAACGAGAAAUCAAUCGAGUCUCAAUACAAAUCCCAUGUUUAUGCAGACCAAAGCAACGUGACUGACGCCAUAAUCCAAAGCAAAUACGAGUUAACAAAGCAGAAGGGAUCACGCUACGUCCCUGCAGCUUUCUUAACGGGUUUACUCGACCCGGUUUCAUCCAGGGAUGAGUUUCUCCAGCUGUUUGCUGAUUUGGAAGGGAAACUUCCGGUUAUGGUGAUGUCAACGAAAGGAGCUCCAAAGAGAUCAAAAGCUGAGAUGGAGGCACUUAGAGGAGCCAAAGGAGUUUGCAAAUUUGUGGAGGUUGAAGGUGCACUCUUGCCUCAAGAAGAGUAUCCUUCUCUUGUUGCUCAAGAGCUCUACAACUUCUUGCAAGAGACCAAUGCUUCUUCCUCGUAAGUUCACUAUGUGAGCCCAGGCCCAUACAUAGUUUAUUGAUUGUUUGGUACUACACUUAAAACGUCCUACUAUAUUGUUUUGUUUUCUAGUUUCUACCAUGUUCUUAUCUUAUAAAAGUACAACUUUCUUGCAAUAAUUUAGCUUAUUUAUUGUUCAGUAUUUUCUUCGA